ACCCGGGUUCCUCUUAAACCCGGAAUGUGAGGCUCCGGCCCUGUUGUCGGGUGCUCCCUGUCCCGUUCGUAGCUUAGGCCUGCGUCCGCCGCCGCUGGCCCCAGGCGCGCUCCCGCAGGUGCCAGGGCGGCCGUGCCCUUCUGCCGUGUGCCCGCGUGGCUGCCACCGCCCUCAGAAUCCUCCGGGGCCGCAGAAGAGUUCGCUACGGAGGGAGGCGGGGGCCUUCGGGAGGAGGAGGCGGAGGAGGCGGAGGAGGAGGGAAGGAAGAUGGCGGCCGUGGAACUAGAGUGGAUCCCAGAGACUCUCUAUAACACCGCCAUCUCCGCUGUCGUGGACAACUACAUCCGUUCCCGCCGAGACAUCCGCUCCUUGCCCGAGAACAUCCAGUUCGAUGUUUACUACAAGCUUUACCAACAGGGACGUUUAUGUCAACUGGGCAGUGAGUUUUGUGAAUUGGAAGUUUUUGCUAAAGUAUUGCGUGCUUUGGAUAAAAGACAUUUACUUCAUCAUUGCUUUCAGGCUUUGAUGGAUCAUGGUGUUAAAGUUGCUUCAGUCUUGGCCUACUCAUUCAGUAGACGGUGCUCUUAUAUAGCAGAAUCAGAUGCUACAGUAAAGGAAAAAGCCAUUCAGGUUGGCUUUGUUUUAGGUGGCUUUCUUUCAGAUGCAGGCUGGUACAGUGAUGCUGAGAAGGUUUUCCUGUCUUGCCUGCAGUUGUGUACUCUCCAUGAUGAGAUGCUUCAUUGGUUUCGUGCGGUAGAGUGCUGUGUGCGGUUGCUUCAUGUGCGAAAUGGAAACUGCAAAUACCAUUUAGGUGAAGAAACAUUUAAGUUAGCUCAGACAUAUAUGGAUAAACUAUCAAAACAUGGCCAACAAGCAAACAAAGCUGCACUCUAUGGAGAGCUGUGUGCACUUCUAUUUGCAAAAAGCCAUUAUGAUGAGGCAUACAAGUGGUGUAUUGAGGCCAUGAAAGAAAUCACAGCAGGCUUACCAGUCAAAGUUGUGGUAGAUGUUUUAAGACAAGCAUCUAAGGCUUGUGUAGUAAAACGUGAAUUUAAGAAGGCAGAACAGCUAAUUAAACAUGCAGUAUAUCUAGCACGGGAUCAUUUUGGGUCCAAACACCCAAAAUAUUCUGAUACACUGCUAGAUUAUGGAUUCUACUUACUCAAUGUAGAUAAUAUCUGUCAGUCUGUUGCAAUUUAUCAGGCAGCUCUUGACAUUCGACAGUCAGUAUUUGGUGGCAAAAAUAUCCAUGUAGCAACAGCUCAUGAAGACUUGGCUUAUUCUUCCUAUGUUCACCAGUAUAGUUCUGGAAAAUUUGACAAUGCACUAUUUCAUGCAGAAAGAGCUAUUGGUAUCAUUACCCACAUCCUGCCUGAAGAUCAUCUUCUUUUGGCUUCCUCAAAGAGGGUGAAAGCACUUAUUUUAGAGGAGAUUGCAAUUGACUGUCACAAUAAGGAAACUGAGCAGAGGCUGCUUCAAGAAGCCCAUGAUUUGCACCUGUCUUCACUCCAGCUAGCUAAGAAAGCUUUUGGGGAGUUUAAUGUACAGACAGCAAAACACUAUGGAAAUCUUGGAAGACUUUAUCAGUCAAUGAGAAAAUUUAAGGAAGCUGAAGAAAUGCACAUCAAAGCAAUUCAAAUUAAGGAGCAACUUCUUGGUCAAGAAGAUUAUGAAGUAGCCCUUUCUGUGGGACAUCUGGCUUCUUUGUAUAAUUAUGACAUGAAUCAGUAUGAAAAUGCUGAGAAACUCUAUUUGCGAUCUAUAGCAAUUGGGAAGAAACUUUUUGGUGAAGGCUACAGUGGACUAGAAUAUGAUUACCGUGGUCUCAUUAAACUUUACAACUCCAUUGGAAAUUAUGAGAAAGUGUUUGAAUAUCAUAAUGUUCUGUCUAACUGGAACCGGUUGCGAGAUCGGCAGUAUUCCGUGACCGAUGCGCUUGAAGACGUCAACACCAGCCCCCAGUCCACUGAAGAAGUGGUGCAGUCCUUCCUGAUUUCUCACAGUGCUGAGGGACCAAGCUGCUGAGGGAGGACCUCAGUCUACCAAUUACCUUUUCCCAGAUUCCAGGGAAUUCAUACUGUGAAAUCUAAACCACGUUGUUUUUGGGGGCUGGAGUUUGUAUUGAAACACUGGUCCAGUCCAUUGAAGACCCUAUUUUGGGUGAUCCUUAUCUUUCAGAGUGUCCGUAGGAAUAAGCAUAUAUUCAGUUAUAUUCAGCAUGUACCGCAUGUAUAAGUAGUCUGGCCCACAUUUUCAACCUAGUAGAAAAAAACAACAAGAAAUCUUUUUUUUUUCUUUUUAAAAAUAAUUCAUUUUGCAAAAAGCCUGAAAGAAAAAAAAGAACCCCUAAAUAAAACUAUUUAAGAGUUUAAAAGAGUUGCAUUCUUAUUAUGUAAGGAUGAUUUUAACAACUUUUUAACAGAUAAUUCUUCCAUGUGGAGGUAUUCAAUAUUGUAAAGAAAUUUUAUGGGGAAUAAUCUUUAUAUGCAGUAUAGAAAAGUUAACACAAGUACUAAUAAAAGAGGGACAUCCUGACUUAGGUUUGGCUACCUUACCCCAAGAAGUGGAUACAACCACCCCAGAGCUGUACCUCCACGGGGUGCUGUCAGAGUCAUCCAAACUGGACCAGUGUUGAUCUGUAAGUAGUGAAAAAUUGUAUAGACCAGCAGUUUGAAUUCUUUCUGCUUGUUUGUGUCGGUACUGCAGUGCAAGAUGCUCUGAUAGUGUUUUCUCAGAGGACCAGGAAGACCUGAAAAGGACCAGCCUAACAUGGAAGGUGGUUAUUUGGACCAGAGGCUUGACAUUAUUUUAGCACCUGCCUAUACUUUUAUUAAUAGAAUGAUUUCAUUUAUAUAUAUGAUGAAAACUGAUAAUGCAAGAAUUAUAUUCAUGUAAUAUAGAUACCAAACUAUGGAAAUUUGGCAAUUUCAGUGGCAAGCCUUUAGUCAGGUACACAGAUGACAUUGCCAUAAGCAAGUCUGUAAAUUAAAAAUGUCUGCUGCAGCCAUGCCCUCACUCUAAGCGCCACCCUGAUAAUCCGCGCACUUAACUAGUCUGUUGUCUAGGUUAUGAAUUAGCUCAUGUCCACAUGAGACUUUUAAGUUAAUGUAUGGUUUGGGAUUAGUGAAAAUGAAUGCCCCAAAAUAAGUCUUUGAAAAUCCUUUGUUUUUUUUUAUGGUAAAUAAUAACACAGUUGGGUCAUUUUAUUUGAAAUUGAAGAGUCAAAUAAAAAAUCCCUUGAUGAUAUGUCUGUUUCACUAAUUUGUCUUUCUGUUUAGUGGUUUUUUUUUUUUUUUUUAGGCCAAAUUCUUUAAUGCUGAGGUAAUGAAAUUUGACAUUACAACGCAUAGCAAUCCAAGAAACUUAAAGGUCUUUUGCUGUUACCUCAAUUCUUACUGUAGUGGCCCAUGUGGUACCUCUAUAGUUAAGAAUCUGGGUUCCCCCCUAUUUUCAGGGGUUUGUGACUUGGCUGUUAAAAGAUGUUGCUCCUGACUAAUGCCAGGAGCUGUCAUGGUGGGUGAGUGGAUGUGUGUUGGGUUUUGGUUUUCUUUUUACAUGCACAUUGGGUGGGAGGAGGAAAAGUCUGAACUGUCUGUCGUGUGAGAACAGAAAACAUGUGUUUUCAUCAUGCAUUUGCACUCCUCCAGUUUAACCCUGUUUGAGUUUGUAAUGGGCGAUCUUGUUAUGAACCAGUACAUUCAAGGAUGGACAUGCAGCCCAGGCCCUAGCAUGAUGAUGAUGGGGUUCAGGAGUCUGGCUUACUUCUCAAAUUCAGUUAUUUUCUUUUUUGAAUUUUAGGUUAAUUGGCACACCUGCAGUUUAUGAAGCUGGUCCCCCUUCCACUUAAUUGCAGUCUGAUGCCAAGAGGCACUUCUUUAUUAAUUACCAAUAGUUUGACCAAGGACUAACAUUUUUAAGUUACUCAGCUCUAUCCUUGUGGGCCUAUAUAUUUAAUACCUCCAAAGAUAUUUUCAGGAUAGGCCUUGUGUACUUUAAGUGUUUACUUAGAGUCCUGUGGUAUGUCUGUGGUAAAGGAAUGUCAUGGUAAAUUGUUUUUCAAUAAAUAUUUUGAAAUUUAUGUUGCCAUAUGAAGUGGUUUUGUUUUUAAUGUUUAUUUUUGGCUUUGUGCACAUUUAGCAUUUCCUAGAGUAAAUUAGCAUAUGAUGUAAGGCCUCGUUCACCCUCAGCUCAGCUCUCACACAGUGAUAAGGCGGCAUGAUAUUCAGAAGCCUGGGACCACAGGGUAAUGAUGUCAGGUGGCGGCCAGUUCUUUAUAAACAUCACUGUUGGCCGUUUCUCUGUUACCAUUGCUUUAAUGUUGGUUUAAUAUGAAGUUCAUAUGAUUUGUCUUAAUGCAUACACGCUAGCCUAAAAAAGAUCGCCAUUUUCUGUUAGUAAUAUGACUUAGUAUGCUGUUUAUCUUUCUUUUGAAGAAUAAUACCCUAGUCAUUUUAAUUGGAAUUUAUCCCUUGGAUGCUUGGGAGACAUUAGAUGAAUGCCACCUUGAUUUAUGGAGUUUUAAAAAAAUCUCAAAAAAGGCUGAAAUGGACUUCAUGUUAACCAGUAGCUUGCAGACCUUUUGUAUACGUCUAGUGAGGUUGUAUGUAAGGAAGCCCUGGCCAGCCUAAAAGAUUUUUCUGGAGGUCCAGCAGAGAGUUGUUAAAUAAGGGGCCUGACUUAAAGUUUGGUGCUACUGGAGUCAGGUGCAUCAGGGAGCUCUGUCACACGCUCGCAUGUGCCAUCCUGGUGCUGGCACUGCUGCCCUCUGUUUAAUAAGGUUAGUUGGGUUUGCCCCAGUACAAUCUUCAUGGGUUCCCUAGAAUUAGGACCUUUCUUACCAUCAAAUCUCUGUCUCUGCUUGGUUAAAAAUUAACUGUUGCUUUGUAGGAACCCCUGCCCAGGUAUUCUUACCUUUGUGAAAAUAAAGAGUUUGACAAGGCAUGAUAGGAAUAAGUCAGGCUUGGAGAUAGUGAGGGUGCCAUUUGGCUGCUGCUUACAGUGCAAACUAAAACUGGGCAGUGUCACAUGCCUAAAACAAUUGAAGCUUUCGGCCAAAACUACAAACUGAAAGGAUGCUUUGCUAAGUAAUAGAUACUGUUACUUGCCACUUGUUUUCUGUGUUUUCCCCAGUAUUUGUAGCCUUGCUGCUUCUAGACCUCUUUGGAUGGCAAAAAUACAACUGGAAAAAUAUUUGAUAAGUACACACAUUCUUUAAAAGAGUUUUAUUUUUGCCUUAAAAAUUAACAUGUUUCACCUUUUGGCUUUGGAGGACCUCAGCUGCCAGGAAAUCCCCUUUUCUUCUUUUUCUUUUUAACUUGACAUUGGAAUCAUCUAUCCAGCUUAAAAAUUAGCAUUGUUUUUCCACAAAUCUCAGGAAUGUUUGAAGAAGAAAACUAGUUUUACCCUGUUGAUCUAAAGGAGUGUGCUGUAGGAUUUACUAAAUACUGCUUAAUUGCAAUCCUAGGUAUCUAUAGCAUGAGUGGCCUUAGUGAGUUUGUUGAAGUACACGUUUUUCAAAAUAAAAUUUUAAAAUUAUGUUCUAUCUAGAUACUAGAAAUCUCGGCUUGUGGUGCACAGUUAAGUGUUGGAUCUCUAAGUAACCAUUGCAGGUACCAUUCGUGUAACAUGACUUGUUCUGUGUAUUCUUUUUAAUGGGAAGAUAUGUUGCCAUGGUAACUAAAAAUUUUCAACUUUGUUCUACUUUUACGAUGUGAAUGAAUGCUACAUUUUGUUAGAUAUUACCAGGUCAGUACUAUUUUUAUACUUUAUUAAGCAGCAGGGGAUUUUAGUUUAAUAGGCUCAAACAAAGAGCUCUUACUUUACCAGUUAAAUCACUAACCAGUCUCUCCACGAAAAUCCCCAUUCCUAGUGCCACAGUAAUUUCUAUAGACAUACCUAAGGUCAUUAAUAGAUUUUUGAAGACAGUUCAUUGUGUCUGACAACCUUUCAUACCAUUCUUACUGACUUGUAGUGCCCAUCAUGGUUUGUAAUUAUUAAACCAUACUAAGUAUGUUUGUACCCAGCAUUGUGAUAUAUUCUGUACUUGUAUUGCUAAAAAUGAAUUAUUGACCUAAUAAAUAUAGUGUUCCUGCUUUCACAGUG